AUGCGCCACCGCGACCCGCCCGCCCCCGCGGCCACCGUGCUGCUGCUGGCGCUGCUGUUCGCUGGUUGUGCCGGUAACCCGGACGCGAAGCGGCUGUACGAUGACUUGCUGAGCAACUACAACAAGCUAGUGCGGCCCGUGCUCAAUGUCAGCGACGCACUAACCGUGCGCAUCAAGCUAAAACUUAGCCAGCUCAUAGAUGUCAAUCUGAAGAAUCAGAUUAUGACAACAAAUUUAUGGGUGGAGCAGAGCUGGUACGACUAUAAGUUGUCUUGGGAGCCUCGAGAGUACGGAGGUGUUGAGAUGCUACACGUGCCAUCCGACCAUAUCUGGAGGCCUGACAUAGUAUUAUAUAACAAUGCUGACGGCAACUUUGAGGUGACGCUGGCUACAAAGGCGACGCUGAACUACACGGGCCGCGUGGAGUGGCGUCCGCCCGCCAUUUACAAAUCUUCAUGUGAAAUCGAUGUGGAAUAUUUUCCAUUUGACCAGCAGACAUGUGUCAUGAAAUUUGGUUCGUGGACAUAUGAUGGAUUUCAGGUAGAUCUCCGGCACAUUGAUGAAGUCCGUGGGACAAAUGUGGUGGAACUUGGUGUUGAUCUCUCAGAAUUCUACACUUCUGUAGAGUGGGAUAUCCUCGAAGUGCCUGCCGUCAGGAACGAGAAGUUCUAUACAUGCUGCGACGAGCCAUACCUGGACAUAACGUUCAACAUCACUAUGCGGCGCAAGACGUUGUUCUAUACAGUGAACCUCAUCAUUCCCUGUAUGGGAAUCUCGUUCCUCACAGUUCUCGUUUUUUAUCUUCCAUCGGACAGUGGCGAAAAAGUUCCGCUGCUUGGCAAGUUCGUGCUCUUCACUAUGAUUUUGGAUACCUUUAGCAUCUGCGUGACUGUGGUGGUGCUGAACGUGCACUUCCGGUCGCCGCAGACACACACCAUGGCGCCGUGGGUGCGCCGCGUGUUCAUCCACGUGCUGCCACGUUUGCUGGUCAUGCGACGCCCGCACUGUCGCCUCGACCCUCACAGAAGUCGCUUCGCGGGCAUCGUGGCACGGGAGGCGAUGGAGCUGACGUGUGUGGAGGCGUCGCCGGGCGCGUGCCUGCUGCACUGCACGGCGCACACCACGCAGCACGCUACGCCGCACCCCACGCCACACGGCACGCCGCAUACCACGGCACACGCUGCACACGAAGCGCCAGUGCAAGACGCACCCGCACUCUGCGAUACUCUGCGCCGUUGGCACCGCUGUCCCGAACUUCACAAGGCCAUCGAUGGAAUCAACUAUAUUGCUGACCAAACGCGGAAGGAGGAAGAGUCUACUAGGGUGAAGGAGGAUUGGAAGUACGUGGCGAUGGUGUUGGAUCGGCUGUUCCUGUGGAUCUUCACGCUGGCAGUGGUGGUGGGGUCGGCGGGUAUCAUACUGCAGGCGCCGACGCUGUACGACGAGCGCGCGCCCAUCGACGUGCGCCUGUCCGAGAUCGCGUACGCGACCGCCAAGCCGCGCCCGCCGCCGCCUCGCUGA